AGUACAUCCGGGACAUUGCGGUCUCACAUGUCAGAGCCUCAGCUGUCAGGACUCCUUCAUGUGGAGAACUGUUCCCGUGAAAACACUGACCUUUUGGAGAACACAUGGCGUUGAUGGGGAUCCAGUUGGUGGUCAGCUUGCUGGCUGCCAGUAUCAUGCAGAGGAUGGCUCCUCACUGCUCAUUUGCGCGAUGGCUUCUCUGUAACGGCAGCUUGUUCCGGUUCAAACACCCUUCAGAGGGAGAGCUGUGUGCGCUGGCAGGGAAACAGAUGCCCAAACCAAACAGGAGAGACAGGAGGCAGAAUGGUGAAAGUAAACCACUAACUGUGCCUAAAGAUAUCGACCUUCACUUGGACAAGGCCCCAGUCAAUGUUAUGGAUGCCCUUGUGCUGCGCUUCUUCCUGGAAUACCAGUGGCUUGUAGAUUUUGCAGUCUAUGCAACUGGAGUGUUUAUUUUCACUGAGUGCUACUACAGUGUUGUAGAUGCCAGCAAAGAGGUCAACAUUGGGGCCAUCUGGUGUGUUUUGACAGUUCUCUUUGGCCUAAAAACUCUUCACACUUUGAUGAGUCACUACUUUAGCUCAGAGGAGGGAGGUGAGCGCUCUGUGUGCCUCGCCUUUGGUUUUCUGUCUUUGCUGGUGGCCAUGUUGGUUCUGGUGGUCAGAGAAGAUUACCUGGAAUUUGGACUUGAGCCAGGAUUCAACAGUCUGUUCAGCAACCUGGAAGUCUUUGUGAAGCAGCAGGGUUAUGCCGAUUGGUCAGUCCCAGUAACCAAGCUUACAGUGAAGCUUGGUCUAGCUGCUGUGUGUGCCUACAUUGGAUCUCUUUUGGCUUUUCCUGGACUUAGACUGGCUCAGACCCAUCUUGAUGCUGUCCAGAUGAACUCAGAUCGACCAAUAAUCCAGAUUCUGCUGCACAUGAGUUUCAUGUCCCCAGUCAUUGUGUUGAUCCUGUGGGUGAAGCCUAUUGCAAGAGACUUCCUGGCCAAUGCACCAAUGGGAAAGACCUCUAUUACAAUAGUGUCUAGUUCAGCCUUUGACAGUAUGCGUUUGGGGAUCAUUGUGGCUCUCUGCGUGCUGCGGUUGGCCCUAACCCGCCAUCACCUCCAGGCUUACCUCAACAUUGCACAGAAGUGGGUGGAGCAAAUGAAAAAGGAAGCUGGACGCAUUGCUGCUAUUGACAUUCAAAGGAAGGUUACUCGAGUGUUUUGCUACCUGACAGUAGUGACUCUGCAGUAUCUGAUUCCCAUAUUACUGAUUCUCUUCUCCACUUUGGCUCUAAAGGCACUGGGAGACUUCUCGUGGACCCCUGGAGCAGAGCAGGCCCCUGGUGUGACCCCAGCUCUGGUCUUACCCACAGCAGUGCCUGUAGUGUCUGGGGUCCUGGAGGAGGAUGAGGAGGGGGUGGACUACAUGGAGGAAGACAUCCAGGCUACAGUGGCCCGCCUGUCUGAAACUUUCACUGCCCUUCGAUCUGUGCUCACUCCGCUGUUUUUCAGAGGCUUCUUUGCUUUCCUCACCUGGUGGGUCGCUGCCUGUCAAGUCCUCAGCUCACUCUUCGGCAUCUACUUCCACCAGUACCUCAUGCACAGCUAAAUGUGAUCAAUAAAAGGACUAAUGGUUAUAAAGAAAACCUAAUAUAACUGCUUAAGAUGCUGUUUACAUAUGCAGCUAUACAUUUCUGAACUUGUGCCAUCCAUCACCCAGACUUCCUUCUCCUCAGAUUCUUCCUACAACUACUACAAAGGGAUGCUGCAUGCCAAGAAGGACUAGUUACUACUAGUAUUUGCCAAUAUAUAUUAUUCAACCAUAUGUAACUACAUGAAGGGUUUUCAACAUGGCGGAAAAGUAAGAUACAUUCACAAAGUGCGUUAAUAAAAAUAUAAAUCUCAGUUUUUCAUUAGUUCAUCUUAAAUAUGACUCAACAGUGGCCAUGUUUACAUGCAUUCCAAAAAUCUGAGCUUUAUCUGAUUUCAGGAGUUAUCAGAUUAUUGAAAUGUCAUGUAAACAUCUCAAAGUUCUUGUCACACUCAAAUGACCAGCAGGCAACUGGUUAGAAAUAAAAGUGACUGUGAUUAUUUAUGAAACUUUUCUACUGCUUUUAAAAUUAGGUGUUUACCAGCAUUUCUGAAUCGCUUGGUAAAAAAUCUUAAAUGCUGCGUUAUUGCUGUACAGUUUGGUGUGAAAUACCUGUUUGGAGUUGAAGACAUUUAAUUGUAAUUGGGGUACUUUUUUUUACCCCUGUGUAGAUAUUACGGGAGAGAUUCCUGAUCUCUCCAAAGAAACCGAUUCAAGAGUGCUAAAAGUUUGUUUUUAAUGUAAAGUUUUAACUGUAGUAACUGUAGGGGACUGCAUGACUGAGCGUGUUUCUUAACAGUCAGAAUGCCAAGAUGAAUAGUGUUUUGUUUUUUGUUGUUUUGGUUUUUUUUUUUUUGCGGGGGGGGGGGGUUGCAUUUUGCUUUAUUUUUUUCUUAGUUUUUCUAAGUGCCUCCAGGCUCAGGGAUUGUGUAUAAAAUCUCACUUCAUUGUACUCAUAAUUUAUGAUGGAUAAUAGUUUUUAUGCUAAAACAUGUUAAAGCAUGUAAUCAUGAGUUUGAUCAAUGUGUAACCUUUAUAAUUUUAGCAACACAAUUUGUUUUUAUAUUUAAUGACAUCUUCACAUUUGUAUUAUUAGUAGUUGUUAAAUUGACAUGUUUCUUCUUGUACUGAGACUGUUUCAUGAAGUGUUUCCAUUCUAUUAUUUUUUGAAUGCAUGGCGUGAACUUGGUUAUAAUCUUAAGGUUUUAUUAGUGUGGCAUAAUAAUAAAAAAGACAUUUUAUCAUUUAA